AUGCAUUGGCUCCCAGCAGGCCAUGACAUCAGCGGUGCCCUGGAGCCUUCCAACAUCGACACCAGCAUCCUGGAAGAGUAUAUUGGCAAGGAGGAUGCCUCGGACCUCUGCUUUCCUGAUAUUGCUACUCCAGCCAGUGCAGCCUCCUUUCCACAUGGGCCGCUGGCCAUCCCCGGCUCCAGUGGGCUCCACCACCUGAGUUCCCCUGGAAGUGGACCCUCCCCAGGGCGCCAUGGCCCCCUCCCUCCCCCAAGCUAUGGUGCCCCACUCAACUGCAACAACAACAACGGCAUGGGUGCUGCUCCCAAACCCUUCCUGGGGGGCUCUGGGCCCCCCAUCAAGGCUGAGCCCAAGGCUCCCUAUGCCCCAGGCACACUGCCGGACUCCCCCCCAGACUCAGGCUCUGAGGCCUACUCCCCCCAGCAGGUGAAUGACCCCCAUCUCCUGCGUACCAUAACCCCUGAGACUCUGUGCCACGUGGGAGUGCCCUCCCGCUUGGAGCACCCACCGCCAUCUGCAGCCCACCUGCCUGGCCCCCCGCCGCCCCCACCGCCCCCUCCUCAUUAUCCUGUUCUGCAGCGGGACCUGUACAUGAAGGCCGAGCCCCCCGUGCCCCCCUACACUGCCAUGGGACAGGGUCUGGUGCCGGCCGAUCUCCACCACACCCAGCAGUCGCAGGUGUUACACCAGCUGCUGCAGCAUGGAGCUGAGCUCCCCACACACCCCUCCAAGAAGAGGAAGCACUCCGAAUCACCCCCCAACACCCUCAAUGCCCAGAUGCUGAAUGGAAUGAUCAAACAGGAACCUGGGACCAUGACAGCCCUGCCCCCACAUCCUGCUCGAGCCCCAUCCCCACCCUGGCCUCCUCAGGGUCCACUCUCACCAGGCCCAAGCUCCUUGCCCCUCAGCAUCGCCCGGGUCCAGACACCACCUUGGCAUCCACCAGGUGCACCCUCCCCAGGUCUCCUACAGGACAACGAUAGCCUCAGUGGCUCCUACUUGGACCCCAACUACCAGUCCAUCAAAUGGCAGCCGCAUCAGCAGAACAAGUGGGCAACGCUGUACGAUGCCAACUAUAAAGAGCUACCUAUGCUCACCUACCGCGUGGACGCAGAUAAGGGCUUCAACUUUUCCGUGGGUGACGACGCCUUCGUGUGUCAGAAGAAGAACCACUUCCAGGUGACAGUGUACAUCGGCAUGCUGGGUGAGCCCAAGUAUGUCAAGACGCCCGAAGGCCUCAAGCCACUGGACUGCUUCUACCUGAAGCUACACGGAGUGAAGCUGGAGGCCCUGAACCAGUCCAUCAACAUAGAGCAGUCCCAGUCAGACCGAAGCAAGAGGCCCUUCAACCCUGUCACGGUCAAUCUGCCCCCUGAGCAGGUUACAAAGGUGACUGUGGGACGGCUGCACUUCAGUGAGACCACUGCCAACAACAUGCGCAAGAAGGGCAAACCCAACCCUGACCAGAGGUACUUCAUGCUGGUGGUGGCCCUCCAGGCACAUGCACAGAACCAGAACUACACACUGGCCGCCCAGAUCUCAGAACGCAUCAUCGUGCGGGCCUCUAACCCAGGCCAGUUUGAAAGCGACAGCGACGUGCUGUGGCAGCGGGCACAGGUGCCUGACACCGUCUUCCACCAUGGCCGCGUGGGCAUCAACACAGAUCGGCCAGAUGAGGCUCUGGUCGUGCACGGAAAUGUCAAGGUCAUGGGCUCGCUCAUGCACCCCUCAGAUCUGCGGGCCAAGGAGCAAGUGCAGGAGGUGGACACCACCGAGCAGCUGAAGAGGAUCUCGCGCAUGCGGCUGGUGCACUACAGAUACAAGCCCGAGUUCGCGGCCAGCGCGGGCAUCGAGGCCGCUGCGCCAGAGACCGGUGUCAUCGCCCAGGAGGUGAAGGAGAUCCUGCCUGAGGCUGUGAAGGACACAGGAGACGUGGUCUUUGCAAACGGGAAAACCAUAGAGAACUUCUUGGUGGUGAACAAGGAGCGCAUCUUCAUGGAGAACGUGGGGGCAGUGAAGGAGCUGUGCAAGCUGACAGACAACCUGGAGACGCGCAUCGAUGAGCUGGAGCGCUGGAGCCACAGGCUAGCCAAACUGCGGCGCCUCGACAGCCUCAAGUCCACAGGCAGCUCCGGUGCCUUCAGCCAUGCAGGGAGCCAGUUUAGCCGGGCAGGCAGCGUCCCCCACAAGAAGAGGCCCCCCAAGAUGGCCAGCAAGGCAUCCUCAGUGGUCCCAGAUCAGGCCUGUAUCAGCCAGCGCUUCCUGCAGGGAACCAUCAUUGCCCUGGUGGUGGUUAUGGCCUUCAGCGUGGUGUCCAUGUCCACAUUAUACGUGUUGAGCCUGCGUGCUGAGGAGGACCUGGUUGACACUGAUGGCAGGUCUAGCCAGAGCUUUGGGACCACUCAGCUCCGACAGUCCCCUGUGACCACUGGGCCACCAAGAGUACAGCCAUCUUUGCUGCUGGUUACCACCGACCCGACCAGCUCAGCCCCAGUUCCAAUGAUACGCACCUUGGACCUAUGCUACAGCCACCACUGCCCUGUUGUCUGCUGCUCUGUACCCAGCCCCAGCACUGCCUCAGACUCUAGUGUUGGCCCCAGCUUUAACCCUGGUCCCAGCCCCAGUCCCAGCCCGGCCACCAACCGCUCAGGUCCCAGCCAUAUGGCCUUGCUGCCAGUCACCAACAUCAGAGCCAAAUCCUGGGGCAUUUCAGCCAAUGGCAUUGGCCACUCCAAGCAUCCCAAGAGCCUGGAGCCUGUGGCCAGCCCUGCAGUUCCCUUUCCUGGGGGGCAGGGCAAGACCAAGAAUAGCCCCAGCCUUGGUCUCCAUGGCCGGGCCCGCCGAGGAGCCCCUCAGCUCAGCUUGGGCCCUGCCAAACCCACUCAGACCCAGGACCAGCCAGAUCCAGUGCCCUCCCUGACCUCCAUCCAGCUGCUGGAGAAUUCCAUGCCCAUCACCUCCCACUACUGUGCACCAGAGGAUACCUGCAGGCCUGGAAACUUCACCUACCGCAUCCCGGUCAGCAGCAGCACACCACUGCACCUCAGCCUGACCCUGCAGAUGAACUCCUCUUCUCCUGUGUCUGUGGUGCUGUGCAGCCUGAUGGCAAAGGAGGAGCCAUGUGAGGAGGGGGGCUUUCUGCAGGCUCUCCACCCCCUCCAGGACACCCAGGGCACCACUCACCAGUGGCCAGUAACCAUCCUGUCCUUCCGUGAAUUCACUUACCACUUCCGGGUGGCACUGCUGGGCCAGGCCAACUGCAGCUUAGAGGCCCUCGUUCAGCCAGCUGCAGACUACUACUUCCACUUCUACCGCCUGUGUGACUAGCUGCCUCCUGAGGCAGCACCCCAGCAGGGAUCAGGUCACCCGGCUGUCCCACACUGGAUGCAAUGGUGUUACACUGGAG